UGUCACAGUGAGUGAGGAAACUCCGACAACAGUGAAUAUGCAUGGAUUUUUAAAGGUAACCCGGCGAGAAUCGGCUUGCAUGAUCUCUUCGCCGCUGGUAAUUAGGAAACACAGCGCUGCUCGACACACACUUGGCCGGAUUUUUGUACCUGCCUGUGUUAUGAACCUAUUGGAAAAAAGUACAUUUUCAGUGUGCCGUUCAUCAAUAAUUCAGAGAGAUCAAAGGUGACUUCAUUCACAUUCAUAACACAGGGAACGGUGACAAAACCGAAUACGUAACAUCUUGAACUACUUAUUGUUAAAACCGCUGUAAAUCGGGACGGACGUCUGUCUCAUCAAAACAUCAUUGGGGAGUUCAGUCAGUUUUCAAAAUGGGUCAAAACUCGGACGCAGAAAUGAAGUCGAAAAUGGACAAAAAUAAGUUCGAAAUGUCCAUAAGUGAACUGAAAAGUAGAACUUUCGUCACUCCAGCAGAUAUGGUGAACUAUGAUGACAGCGCAGUAACGGAAGAAUAUCUAAAGGCAUACGCACACUCCUUGGAAAACCCUGAAAGUUUUUGGAGUGAUGUUGGCAAAGAGUUAGAGUGGACCAAACCGUGGGAUCGAGUUCUGGAUAACAGCAAUCCGCCGUUUACAAAAUGGUGGGUAGGAGGCGAGAUGUCUGUAUGCUACAACGCGGUGGACCGACACGUGGCAAACGGACGCGGAAGUCAGGUCGCCUUGGUGUACGACUCGCCUCUCACCGAUACUGUGAAGAGGAUCACGUAUAGUGAGCUGCAGAAUAAGGUAUCAAGACUUGCAGGCAAGUUGUCUGCACUAGGCGUGACCCGCGGCUCGCGCGUCGUCAUUUACAUGCCGCUGGUACCGGAAGCAGUGGUGGCGAUGUUGGCUACCAACAGAAUUGGAGCCAUACAUUCAGUUGUUUUUGGAGGAUUUGCUGCAAGAGAACUGAGAACCAGAAUUGAGCACGCUGAGCCGACAGUCAUUAUCGCAGCCAGCUGUGGAGUAGAACCGAACAAAAUAGUGAGAUACAAGGACAUUUUAGACGAGGCCCUCUGUCAGAGCACUCAUCAACCUCUCAAGUGUAUAAUAUAUCAGCGAAGACGUGUACUCGAGUGCAGUUUGAUUAAGCCAAGAGAUAUAUGCUGGGAGGAGGCCAUGCUGGCAGAUCCAGUCCCGUGCGUGUCUACUGAGGCUAAUGAUCCGAUGUACAUUCUUUACACAUCUGGUACAACUGAUAAUCCAAAAGGAAUACAGCGACCAUGCCAUCAUGCAGCAACCUUGUGCUGGACAAUGCAUGCUGUUUAUGGAUUAAAACAGGGUGUUUGGUGGGCAGCUUCAGACCUUGGCUGGGUAGUCGGACACUCUUACAUAUGCUAUGGGCCCUUGUUGGCUGGGCUAACAACUGUACUGUAUGAAGGAAAACCUGACAGAACUCCUGAUCCUGGGCAAUAUUUCAGGAUUAUAGAGCAACAUCGCGUCAAUGCACUUUUCACGAUUCCAACUGCGUUGCGUGUAUUGAAAAGAGCAGAUCCUACAGGAAAAUAUGCAAGAAGAUAUUGUGGAAAAUCUUUGAAAACUAUUUUUAUCGCUGGAGAACAUUGUGAUCAAGAAUCAAGGCACUGGGGUGAAAGGAUAUUCGGCGUUCCAUUACUGAACCAUUGGUGGCAGACUGAGAGUGGAUCACCGAUUUGCUGCGCCCUACUGGGGUACGGUGUGAAAGGUGUGAGACCGCACUCAACUGGAUAUCCUGCUCCUGGAUACGAUAUAAGAGCACUGAGGGAGGAUGGGUCUGAAUGCCAUUCAGGAGAAGUAGGACGCUUGGUUAUUAAGCUACCAUUGCCACCUGGCUUCGCUUCAACACUGUGGCGAUCUGAUGAACGAUUCAAGAAGGUCUAUUUUGAUGCAUAUCCGGGGUUCUACGACACACAAGAUGUUGGAUGGAUCAGUGCGGAAAACGCAGUGUGGGUGGUAGCUAGAGCCGAUGACGUCAUCAACGUAGCUGGCCACAGAUUAUCGACUGCUGCGAUCGAGGACGUUGUGUUAAAACACGCGAGAGUAGCGGAUGCAGUGGUUGUUGGUGCUCCGGAUCCUACGAAGGGAGAUGUCCCGCUUUGUCUCUACGUAAUGCGGCCUCCGCAAGAUGAUGAAGAAAUCGUAGCUGAGGAGACAAUAACGCAAGAGUUGAUCGCUCUUGUGAGACACCUGAUCGGCCCAAUUGCAGCGUUCCGAAAAGCUGUUGCAGUUCCAGCUUUACCGCGUACACGUUCUGGCAAAUCAUUACGUAAAGCCAUAUCUAAUAUGGCGCGUAGUCAACGUGUCAAACUACCUUCAACUAUCGAAGAUCCGAGUGUGUUUGGCGAAAUAAAGAUGGCGUUACAGAAAUGUGGCUAUGCUGUUGACGCUCCUGAUCCAGAAAUGUAAUUUUUUACAUUAAUUAAUUAUGUGCGUAUAUAAUUUGUAAAUCUAAAAAUAGAUUAGAGAAUCAUUUGGUAUGUAAUUAAACGUUUUACAGUAGAAACUGUUUGUAUAUUAGACUCCGGCGACUUUAUUUGACUGUUUACAAAUUUAUACAGGCUUAGCUUAACUUGUGUGUAUAAACCGCAUGGCAAUGAGUUAUGUAUUUUUAAAGUAAGCAGAAAAUCAUUUUAAAAUGGUUUUUCUGUCGUACUUAUUUUGUCGUCUCAUUUUUUGUAAUACCGUUCAAUCAUUAUUAGGCAUAUUUUAACGGCCGACUACAGAGACAUGCCAGGUCAGGGUGACAAAUAAAGGGUGAUAAUAUAAAAUCUUUAACUAGUAAGGUGAUCAGAUUUUAAUGACAAUGACCUGAUUGAAUAAAUGGGAUGACUUAUGUGCUCUCUGAAUCACGGGAUGUACCAUGACAUCUACUUCCCUACUGCGGACUGAGAUAUUUUACUAAAAACUUCUUAGAAGAAAGAAAAGCUCAGUAUUUCACAGCCCGCCUUAGGUCUCAAACCCAGAACUUCGUAAUCCGAAGCUACUUAGGAUAUCCACAUCCACAGUAUAUACAAACGAUGCAGUUUAUAUUAUUCAAUUUACAAACAUUAUUAUAGUAAAUAAAACCUACCUUACUUACGUGAAAAUAACACUGUUUGAAGCGUUAUUCUAGACGUUAAACAAGUGCAGUCUGUGGAUCAAUUUUACGCAGAAGCAAUAAAAUGCACACCGAGUAUUAUACCGAGCUGAUGCAAUCCAGUACCAACGGUACCAACGGUACUGGAGUGCAUCAGCUACAUCUGUGUGUGAAAGGACUAUCUGCUUCUCAACAUUGCAUAAAUAUUGAUGAACAGGGUUAGGGAGCACCAAUACCUUCCUGUGAAUGAUUAGUGAAAUAUUUGACUGUCCCAUAUUGAGGCACGGGGUACAUAAACAUAUCUGUGUCUCAUUUAUUUUCUCUAUGACUCUCUCAUUCAUUAUUUUUUUUUAAUAUUUUACAAUUUAAUAAAACACAAAAUAUAAUGCAAAACACUAUUAAAAAUUCAUAAACAAUAAAUUUUAAUAAAUCAUUAUUAUCCUUAUUAUGUACCUAUUAUGUUCUUUUGUAUGUACGGUACUAACAUAGAUUAUAAGUUAUGAUGAUGGUUUUAUACUAACAACUAUGGGUCAACAUGGCCUAAAAUAAACAGAUUUUAUUUAAUUUAUUUAAAUUAUUAUUUAAUGUAAAUUAAGUAGUUACAAUAUAAACCAUUUAUUUUUUAUUAAUUAUUAAUAACCAUUAGGCUAUUGACAAUUACCUCGGUUUCAAAAUCUAAAUGCAGAAAGCAUGGCAAAGCUGUAUUUAUUGAGAAGGUAUUGAAAUGAAAUUUGCAAUCGGGUGAUUUGACAAUAUCAUAUUCGAUUGAUUUUUUCAAGCAAGUACCUAAAAUCAGUUAUGGCUUAUUAAUGUACGUAAUCAGCCUUUUUUAAUUGUUCUAGUAAAACACAAUGAACUAAAGUAAACGUGCGCAGUCUAUAUAAUUUUAAUAGAUAGCAUUUAUAUUACUAUCAAUAGUUGAAUAGGACAUAGGACUUAGUCAUGAAGCGAGCUAAUUAGAUAAAUAAAAUAUUUUUGAUAUGAAAAUAUGUGUGGGUAGACUCACCUUUGAAAAACUUAUGUAAUUUGUGUAGAAACUAAAAAUAUAUUAAUAAAUAUAACAA